AUGGAGAUCAAUGGCGAGCCUUGCCCCGGCGGCCGAGCUCAACGUCGUGCUUUCGUCUUGCAGGUGCCCGACUGUCCCCGGAACCCCUCACUCACCUGGGCCGGCAGGAAAGCUCGGCAGGAGAAACAGCGAGAACAGCGGAGGCUGGGAGGACAACUUUCCCGCGGUCUUGGUCCAGUCCCUUGUUGGAAGCCUGAAGAGAAAUUGGUAUCAAGAAAAGAGACGGGAAAACUGAAAGGCAUGAAAGAACUCAGGAAGCAUCAUGUUGGUGGAGAUGGCAAAUGCUGGUCCAAUCCAGAGCAAAUUGACCCUCUCCAAGAUGCUGUGCAUAGAUAUCUUCAGCUCCCCUCUGAUCAGACAGUGCUGAUACUACAUGCAAAAGUUGCUCAGAAAUCAUAUGGGAAUGAAAAAAGAUUCUUCUGCCCACCCCCAUGUGUGUAUCUCAGUGGACCAGGCUGGAAACAAAAGAAGGAAGAAAUUAAAGGCAAAGAUGUAACAGGGUCCAGUUCCCAGAUAUGUGGGUAUAUAGGACUUGAUAGCACGGGAAGUAGCCAUGUAGAAAUGCAGAAGCUAAACUUUGAAGAACAAUUGGAUUGCAAGAAAUUCAGCUGCGCCAAAGCACUCUACAUCUCAGACUCUGACAAAAGGAAACACUUCCGGCUAGCCCUGAAGCUGUUCUUCAGCAACGGGCAGGAGAUUGGCACAUUCCACAGCAAACUGAUCAAAGUGAUCUCCAAGCCCUCACAGAAAAAGCAGUCCCUGAAGAACACAGACCUGUGCAUUUUAUCUGGGUCAAAGGUCUCUCUCUUCAACCGCCUGCGCUCGCAAACUGUCAGCACCCGCUACCUUUUUGUCGAGGACGAUGCCUUCACCGCAAGUGCCCGGCAGUGGGCAGCCUUCACACUUCAUCUAGAUGAGUUCUGUUCUCAAUCCCAGGGUGAGUUUCCACUGCGGGAAGCCUACAUUCGGUAUGGUUCCAGAGUUCGGCUUAUCUGUACAACUACUGGGCUAGCACUGCCUCCUCUGAUCAUUCGCAAAGUUGCUAAGCAAUUGGUAAUGUUGGAUGUGGAUGAACCAGUUUCCCAGUUGCAUAAAUGUGCAUUCCAGUUUCAUGGGAGUGAUAGGAUGUACCUCUGCCUCUCAACAGAGAAAGUUAUCCAGUAUCAGGCAUCUCCCUGUCCCAAAGAAAUAAACCGAGAAUUGCUCAAUGACAGUUCCUGUUGGACCAUCAUUGGGACAGAAGCUGUGGAAUACUCAUUCAGCCUCAACCCAACCAGCAUCCAGAAUCCAGUGGGUCCUGUCCCUCUUAUAACAACUUUGGAGCUGACCGGUGGAGGGGAUGUGGCCAUGCUGGAAGUCCAAGGCAACUAUUUCCAUGCAAACAUGAAAAUUUGGUUUGGAGAUGUGGAAGCAGAGACUAUGUACAGGAAUUCCAAGUCAUUAGUGUGUGUUGUUCCUGAUAUCUCUGCAUUCAGGCCUGAUUGGAGAUGGUUGCGAUACCCAAUCACUGUCCCCCUUCUGCUACUAAGGAACGAUGGUCCGAUUUAUUCCAGUAUAUUCAGCUUCACAUAUACACCAGAACAGGGUUUUCUGUGUGGCCAACCCCUCCUGCCAGAAAUGGUACAGGAUUCUGACACCUUGCUCAAUACCAUCCAUCAAGAAUUCACUAAGACAAAUUAUCACCUUUUCAUGCAAAGUUAG